AUGUCGUACUACGAGCCUCAGGGUUGGCAGGCCCCCGCCGCGCGCCAGGUUUCUUGGGAACAGCCGAUUCCUCCAUCUCGGUCAGAGGUCGAUCGGGCGGUUGACAACCUCGUCAAGAGCGGUAAGCUGUGGAAUGCUCCGCGGAGGGACUCCAUGCCCCUCAUGAUGGGUCGUCCUUAUGCCGACUACGAUUCUCGCAUUGCUAGCGCCAUGGCCUCCCGUCACCACUCAAUCAGCGAGUUCGAUGGCGCUCGCCCCCACCCCCCAAACACCCAAGGCUUCUACACGCCUCAACGAUUCCAGAACCGUCCCAAUGAAGUAGAGCAGAUGAUGCAGGCAAAGCGUCGGAUGGCGGCACAGCGUGAAAGGGAACUCCGCAAUUACCACCAGGAGCAGCAGUACAACCGAAGUACGUGGUAG